UCUACACAUUUGACAUGUAUGCGAUGUAGUGGAUUGUUUCAAUUUUUAAUGAUUGUAUCUUUACUGUACGACGUUUAACGUGGGGACUAAAUAACAUUACAUUUCUUGAUGUAAGUGCGGUCACUAAGUACUUCAGUUAUUGAGUGCUGUGGUGUUUAAUUCACUCAAGAACGCAUGCUAGCUAAUAACCUUCGUGGAUAUCACUGAAGCCAACCUCAGUCAAGCGUGUGGUCAUGGCAGGACUAUAUAGAGCUCUUUUAACAGCUUCCUGCUCUGUCACAAAGAAUCUGACACAAGGCACAUGUCCACUGAUAGGAGCAUGUCGCACUAAAUUCACCAGGAGCCGCAUCCCUCCACAGGUAUUUGAGGAGCGAUCAAAGGAACAUGAAAAGUAUGGUGGGGAUCCAGAACAGCCUCAUAAACUGCAUAUAGUGACACGGGUUAAAAGCACAAUGCGACGACCCUAUUGGGAAAGGAAGGUUGUAAAGGGUUUGGGUCUUAUGAAGGCACAUGAACCCCGUGUCCACAAGAACACCCCCUCUGUAAACAAUCAACUAAAAAUAAUUAAGCAUCUUGUCAAGAUUCAGCCCCUCAAGCUCCCAUAUGGACUACCUGUGGAGGAGGAUAUGGCCAACACAUAUUUGAAUAGCAAAGGGGAGCUGGUAGUGAAACGUCGUCUUAAACCACUCGAGCAGAAAGCCAUCGAGUCAUAGGAUUUUUGGCCUACUGUUUGUGUUAUUUGUCUGCUGUUUGUUUAAUAAAUGUUUCAAAUAACUAAACAUUCCUUUUAAUUUGUGCAGUCCCUCAGGUAAUUCAGUACUUACAUCAUUGAUAUGGAUAGAAAGCCAGUAA